AUUUUUAGUAGCUCAUGUGAAAUUAAUGCGAUUUGUAGUAUUUUUAUGGUGUGCGGUGACUUUGAAAAUAAUUGAUUGCACCAACAAGUGCGAAACACAAAUGAACUUAGCUCGCGCUGAAAUAACAGCGUAAGCAACUUGUAGAGCGACAACGAGCACAGCCCAUGUUAUAAGCAAUUACUUGUUCAGUUGUUCAGUUUUACUUAUUUAACAAUAAAUGAUUUGCUUUAAUUAGCCACACGGCAUACUUGUACUUUAUUCAAGUGGUUUUAUGUAAUUUACGCUUAAUCUGAAACAAGGGAUUUUAUAAACAAUUUGUGAAAAAUGACGUCUCCGCAAGAUGUACGACAACGUAAAUUGAACUUAAACGAUGAUCAGGCAGGUGGCGCUGCGCCUAGUCGGCGCAAAUCUUCCUCGCCAAACGGUGCGUCGAAAGGUUUACCUAGAGGAUUAAAGCUUUCGUUCCUGUGUCUGGUUCUAUCGGCAACGUUGCUACUGUUCUUUUUCGGCGUUUAUAUGGAUUCCACCAGCCCGUUCUUAGUGCGCUUGGCAUCGAAACUGGGUUAUACACGCAAUCAAUUUGCGGUCAUCAUCGAUGCGGGUUCGACUGGUAGCCGUGUGUUGGCUUACAAAUUCGAUAGAAGUUUUAUUGAUAAUAAGCUGGUCUUGUCUGAGGAACUCUUCAAAGAACGCAAACCUGGCCUAUCGUCGUUCGCCGAGAAUCCAGCAAAAGGCGCACAUUCCAUUAAAUUGCUACUUGAUGACGCUAAAGCAUUUAUACCCAAAGAGAAAUGGGCGUCGACGCCACUUGUACUCAAAGCCACAGCUGGUCUGCGGCUUCUGCCACAACACAAAGCUGAAAAUCUCUUAAAUGCCGUGCGUGAACUUUUUGCGAAGUCAGAAUUUAGCGUCGAGCCAGAUGCAAUUGAAAUUAUGGAUGGCACCGAUGAAGGCAUUUUCUCAUGGUUCACAGUGAACUUUUUGCUAGGUCGCCUAUCGAAAACAAAUCAAGCUGCUGCGCUCGACUUGGGCGGUGGCAGCACACAAGUAACCUAUGCGCCAACCGACCCCGAUCAGUUACCGCUCUACGAGAAAUACAUGCACGAGGUAAACACACUGAACCGGAAAAUCGAUGUAUUUACACACAGCUACUUGGGGUUGGGCUUGAUGGCGGCGCGUCACUCUGUAUUUACAAAGGGCUACAACAAGGAUGUGAAUAAUGUGGAAACAGUGUGUGUAAAUCCAAUAAUAAAUAAUCGCACGUGGACUUACUCGAAUGUGGAAUAUCAAAUUAGCGGCAAACCAAAUACGAAAUCAACAACAGAAGAACCAGUUGUGGACUUUGAACAGUGUUUGGAAGCAGUUAAAACGCAAGUUCUACCGCUAGUUAAGCCAAAGCCAUUCACCUUGAAACAACACACCGUAGCUGCAUUCAGCUAUUACUUUGAACGCGCAAUAGAAUCCGGGCUUAUUGAUCCUUUCCAAGGCGGUGAGAUCACAGUGGCUGCCUACCGCAAGAAGGCAGAAGAGGUGUGCAGCAUUGCGAAUGACGAACAACCUUUCAUGUGCUUCGAUUUGACGUUUAUUUCCGUGUUGCUGCGCGAAGGAUUUGGGCUAGGUGAUAGUAAGAAGAUAAAGCUUUACAAAAAAAUUGAUGGUCAUGAAAUUUCAUGGGCGCUGGGAUGUGCUUAUAACGUAUUGACUAGCGAUGAGAAAUAUAAUUCCUAACUCUUAAAAAUCUAUACGAGUAACAAUAAUGAAACACAAAAAACAGAAACAAAAAAAACAA